AUGUCUCAGAAGUUCUUUGCUGAGUUCUUCUCGAUGGAAAGGUAUAACCAGAUGGUGAAUGAUAUCACCAAUUUCACCCAGCUACAGGGUGAAACUAUGUGUGGAGCAUGGAACAGAUUCAAGGAUUUAUUGAGGAGGUGUCCUCAGUAUGACUUGACUGCUGGCAAUCAGGUGAGAAUCUUCUUCAAUGGCUGCAAACCUGAGGUGACGAUGGUGUUGAAUGGUGCAGCAGGUGGAACUAUUAAAACUCUUAGAGCAAAUGAGACUUUUGAGUUGAUUAAGAGGAUGGCUGCCAACGAAAAUCAAGUGAUGUCAUCCAAGCCUAAGAGAGGUAUCCUUCAACUGGAAGGUAAUGAUGCAGUGUUAGCUGAAAACAGUUUGUUAUCUCAGCAGGUAGCAAACUUGACAUCAAGGCUUGACAAGAUGCAGUUUGCUGGUGUUCAGACUAAAGCGGCUGUUGUGUGUGAAUAUUGCCAGGACAAUCACGAAUCUAAUGAAUGUCCGUCUUUGCUAGCUUCUGAUUCACCUCAACAAAUGCAAAUGAAUGGCAUUUGGUAUAAUCAGAGACCCCAGCAACAAAAUGUUCAAAGAGGUCAGAAUUAUCCUUCUGGGGGCAAUAAUUUUCAGAAGAGAGGUCAAGGAGGUGGUAUUGAUUAUAGUUCUAACAAUUAUCUGCAGCCUCCACGAAUCCCAUACAAAGAACCUUCUGAUUUGGAGAAGCUAGUGGGACAAAUGGCCCAACAUUCAAAUGUUUUCAUGGAGGAGACAAGGGCCAAUACCAAGAACACACAGGCUUCUAUCAGAAAUUUGGAGAAUCAAAUUGGCCAGCUGGCCAAACAAAUGGCUGACAGAACUCUAGCUCCAGAAAAGCCAAACACAAAUGUGGAAGCUAAUGAGAAGCUUAAGGCGGUUGAGGAGCCAGAAAAAGAGGUGGUGAUACCUGCUGAAGUGGAGAAGCCAGUUGAAAAGAAGAAAUUUGAGCUGAAUCCAGAAUAUAUGAGAGCUAUGGCACCUUAUCCAGAACGAUUCAAGGAUGAUGCUCAGAAGCAGCAUUAUGCUAGGAAACAUAAGCUGCAAGAAUGCCAAACUGUUGCACUUACUGAAGAGUGCAGUGCUAUUAUAGAGAAAAAGUUCCCUUGUAAGCGUCGUGAUCCAGGGAGUUGUAACAUUCCUAUUGUCAUUGGUAACAAAAAUGUUGGCAAAGCUUUGUGUGAUCUUGGGGCAAGUAUAAAUUUGAUGCCCUUGUCUGUGUAUAAAUCUCUAGGAACCUCUGAGCUCAAGCCUUCUAAGAUUUCCUUGCAACUUGCUGAUAGAUCUUUGAGGAAACCGAGUGGUGAUUGUUUCAGACUUGAUGCCUUAGAAGAAUUGGUGGAAGAAGAGAAAUCUUCUAUUCAAGAGCUUGAGGAAGAACUAGAAGCGCGAGAUAUUGUUCCUUUUGAGGAAGAAAAAAGUGUUGUGUUUGAAGUUCUUGAGAAGAAGGAUUCUGACAAAGAAGAUGGUGCCCCAAAAAUAGAGUUGAAGGAUUCGGAUAAAGAUCCCCCUUCCCGUACUCACAAAAUUCUUAAUAAGGAUGAUGACAAAAAUGUGAGGGAACCUCAAGGGAGGAAUAAUCUUACAAAGAAGAAGGCAACGAGAAAGGAAGUGGUGUCAAAGUGGAUGACUCCCUCUAACAGUAAUCCACACGGCUACCUCUUGGUUGCUUCUGAGAAACGCUUUCUCCCUGAACCCUCCCUUUCCUUGGAAGCUCGCUAG